GGCUAAUGGCGGCAUUAUGUACAGUAAAUUUGGAUCCGGACGUAUUUCCGGAACCCGAAAAAUUCAAACCAGAACGAUUCAUUAACAAAAAAGGCGAAUUGUUUGGAUAUGAAAAGGUUUAUGCAUCUUUUUCAAUGGGUCCCAGAGAUUGUCUGGCCAAAAACCUUGGUAAAAUGGAAAUGUUCCUUUUUCUAACGACACUGGUACGGAACUAUGAUAUUGAAAACGAGGCUGGAAAACCCCUUCCAUCUCUACAAGGGAUGUCCAGGGGAUUUCAUGUUGCUAUUCCUUAUCAAGUUUCUUUGAAGAAAAGAGAUUAAGGUAAAUAAAUAUCUAAAAACAACGUCAUCCGUUUCUGCAUCAUCGCAAACCAAAACAGAAACUAAAUUGAAAUACAAAUUUCUGUAAAAAACAAAAGAACGAUAUUUAUGACUGUAUAUUAUAUCAAUUACAAGUAUAUUUAUUUGUCAAAUGCUGCUUUAAAAAAUCAUUGAAAUUUUAUCACGCUUAGAAAACUUUGUACUGUAUAAUUUUCAUUGCACAGCAAGUGUAUAUGUGUUAUAUUGAAAGAAACUGUCCAAACACAUGUAUAUCAACCCAUAAGAAUAUACAUAAAUUUACUUUUAAAAGACUAGAAAUAUUUAUACAUGUAAAGUUCUGUACAUAGUGUCCUAUGUUAUGAGAAAGUUUAGUACUAAUCUUAGUACGAAAUAAAAUGUUGGAAUUUCAAUGAGAACAACUUGGGCUCCUUUUUUAGCCGACCGAUUUUUAUAUUCUUUUAAAGCAGAAUUUACUACAUGAGUCUUCUACAUGAGAAAAAGAAAACUC